AUGCCCGCCAUGUCCCCGACAAUGACCGAGGGCAACAUCUCGAGUUGGAAAGUCAAGGAAGGCGACUCCUUCUCCGCCGGGGACAUUCUCCUGGAAAUCGAGACGGACAAGGCUUCCAUGGACGUGGAGGCUCAGGACGACGGUGUCAUGGCCAAGAUCUUACAAGGGGACGGUUCCAAAGCGGUCAAGGUCGGCACGAGGAUAGCUGUCCUCGGUGACCCGGGGGAUGAUGUCUCGAGUCUAGAGGUUCCGCCGGACGAUUCGAAGCCCGUGCAGUCGGAAGCAGAUAAUGUGAAGGGCGGAGCAGAUUCGAAAUACGAGACGUCUGGAGUAGAAAAGGAGACACCGGGCACACCGCAAAACAAGAGGCCGGCAAAGGACAAGCCGAAAACGAGUCCAACUGGGCCGGGCCAGAACCCCAAAUACCCUCUGUAUCCUUCAGUUAUCGCUCUCGUCCACGAGAACCACAUUUCAGACGACGAAGUUGCCAAAAUCCCAGCGACGGGGCCGAAUGGGAGACUGUUGAAAGGCGACGUGCUCGCAUACUUGGGCACUAUCGACUCGGACUACCCAGCCUCGCAAUCCAAGCGUAUCGAGCAUAUGGCGCAUCUUGACCUUAGCAACAUCAAAGUUCUCCCUACCACCCCUAAGACGGCCGCAAAAGCCGCUGGGGGAGCCGCAGCAGUGGCUGAAGAGAAAAUUCCACAAGUCACUGGCGUCAGCAUCACUGUCUCGCUCGCCGAAGUGCUGAAAGUGCAGAAACGAAUCAAAGACACCUUGGGCGUGACUGUGCCCCUCUCGACUUUCCUCGCCCGUGCUGUUGAUUUGGCCAAUGAUGAUCUCCCUAAGCCCAAGCAUGCAAAGCCGUCGGCAGAUGACCUCUUCAAUGCGGUCCUCGGGCUGGACACGAUACCCACGACAUCUAGAGGAACAUAUCUCCCACAGAUCGACGCCUUUCCCGUUGUCCCUCCCAGAAAAGCCCAGGCUACAUCACUCGCACACUCACCUCGCGUUUCCACCUCUACAGCCAAGAAGAUUGAUAUCAUCGAUGUCCUAUCCGGCAAAGUCACCCCUAAAAGAGCGGCCCCUUUUUCGACGUCUUCCGUGUCGAUCCCAGGCCGGACACUAAGCACAGCCGACGGUGCCGUGAAUGUGUUUAGUCUGACAGUCCCCGUGGGCGAAGAGAAGAGGGCACGUACCUUUUUGGAGCGGGUCAAGACGGUACUGCAAGUCGAGCCAGGCAAGCUGGUGCUGUAA